GUGGUGCGGCCCGGCGCCCAGCGGCCUGACCUCCCUGAACGCCGGGUCCCGUGACGUCACCUCGCCGUGACGCGCACGCUGUAGGAAAACUAAUUAAUUAAAAGGAUUUACUGUAUGUCUAUGACUGUUUACCGGAACCUUGGGAGACAGAUAAAGAUGAAUGCUGUGUUUCAUCCAGUACUGAAAAUUUAAAGUUUUGAAGAUACUUGCUAAGUCAGAUCACUUCAAACACUGUAGAGGAGGAAGAAAAAAGCUAAAGAUGGGAGCAGGGCUGAGAGAGAAAUGGCCUUUCCUGGCAGUGCUGUGCUGCAAGCAGGUGAGAAAGGAAGCGGCGCAGCGGGUAGAACUAGAGUCUGUUGAAAUCCCACCAGUGGGUCCAAGGUGAUGAAACCAAAACACAGUGGUGCUUGGCCGCAGGAAAGUUGCUAUUCACUUCCAGCAUAUCAUAAUGCAGAAUUCUCUCUCAGUACCACCAAAAGAUCAAGGUCAGCAUCUGAUUACCUUAGCUGCACCGUCAGAAUCCGUAUCUGCCGAUUAACUCCUACACAACUAGUCUGGUCCGUUUCACAAAGGUGAAUCUCACAUCUCUUCUGGACCGAUUCAGAGUGGGAAAGGUUUGCAGAAUAAAAGUCAGUUUAGGACCAUUGCACCAAAAAUCAUGCCCAAGGUCCUAACAUCCAGAGUGCUAUCGUGCCAUUCCCCAUCACUCUCUGAUCAGGUGAAUCCAGGACCCUCAAUCAACGCCAAGCCACUGGGCGUGCCUGCCCAGAAUUAUGCUCUGAUGCAGGUUGCUGGACAGGAAGGGACGUUUUCUCUCGUUGCUCUGCCACACGUUGCCUCAGCUCAGUCAAUCCAGAAGCCCAGAUUACCGCUGCCUGAAAACAUUAAACUGCCUAUUCCUCGAUACCAACCUCCGAGAAAUAACAAAGGAUCAAGAAAGAAACCCAUUCAGAGCUCCUCUGAGACUGGUGCUGGCAUACCUCCUGCCCAAACCCAUGCGUCCCCCUCCCCACUUGACCAUCCCGAACCCCCGCACAAAGCUGGUCUGUUGGAGCAAGUGCCGUCAAGAGGCCAAGCCCCAGCUGGCAUUAGCACGGCGGCACCAACCAACCAAGGUGGCCCCGGGGACUCUCCACCUCUGGUGACCAGUGACCGUGGAGAUACGAGCCCUCCUGCCACCCCACCAUCGUCGACACCAGAGGAGCUCUCUGGCAAGCAGGAUCUCGCAGAGCCUUCAGGCAAAGCAAACUUGGUGACCAAGAAAACCUGCAGUAAGCCUUCUUCCGUUGCUGGUGAAAAGCUUAAAGAACAAGUUCAUCUUGCAAAAGCCAUGACCAUUUUAUCACCCGCUGUUUUUGGCAGCACGGUUCAGCUGAUCUCUCCAGUCCCCAGAGGUAAACUGCCAAUCCUCCCCUAUGCCCGGAUGAAAACAGCGGAGGUGUGCAAAGGUCCGUCGGAUAUUAACACCGCAGACAGUUCUCUGCCCAGGCUCAGGGCCGUCUGUGAUCAGACAGCUUCCAUCACGGAGGGCUUUCAUGCAGCCACCAAAACAGUUGGCAAGGCACCCGCUCCACAGUCGUCAAAGCAGAAUCCCUGUGAGAGCUCUUUUUGUCCCGCGACCAGACUGGAUCUAGGCCACAAAGCCAAACUGAACAGCGGGGCAGCGAAGAGAAGAGUACGGAAACGAAAGGUACCAGAGGAAAUGUUGGCAUUUCAGGGGAAAAGGAGGAAGUGUAUCAUUAAUAAGUGUAAAGAUAGUAAAGAAAGAGUGAAAACCGAUCCCCAGGAAUCCAGGGAUCAAAAACCCGGGGCUCUGAAGAAAUACCGCAGCAUUAUGCCAAAGCCGGUGAUCAUGGUGCCCGCCCUGGCUCCCCUGGCUUCUCCGGCAGGCGUGCUUCAGCCCCACGCCCCCGGCAGCCUGGGACAGGACGUUUUGUUCAGUAAUCCACUCACUCCUAAGUACCUGGGCUGGAAGCAGGACGGUGGCGCGUCCCCAAAGCCCAGCUCCACACUGCGGAAUGGCUUCCCCAGCCUCAAGAAGCCCUGGCACAGGUGUCAUGUGUGCGACCACCACUUCCAGUUCAAGCAGCACCUCCGAGACCACAUGAACACGCACACGAACAGACGGCCGUACAGCUGUCGCCUGUGCCGCAAGGCGUACGUGCGCUCGGGCAGCCUGAGCGCACACAUGAGGCUCCAGCAUGGCGAGAACCGUCUGAAGAAACUCGUGUGCUGUGAGUUCUGCGCCAAGGUGUUCGGUCACGUCAGAGUCUACUUCGGCCACCUGAAAGAAGUGCACCGGGUGGUCAUCAGCUCGGAGCCCUCCCCCGGAGAGAGGCGGCCGGGGGAAUCGCCGAGGAACAGAGGCCUGAGUGUGCGAGGGACCGAGGGAUCCGGGGAGAGGGAAAACAAGUCAAGCCUGGAAGAGGACCUCCUCCUCACCCAGGCAGAUGAAGUCAAGUUACAGAUCAAAUGUGGUCGCUGUCAGAUCACUGCUCAGUCUUUCGCCGAAAUCAAGUUUCACUUACUUUACGUCCACGGAGAGGAAAUUCAGGGCCGUCUGCAAGAGGAUAUCCUACCAGGAAGCAGAGGCACUCAGGAGGAGCUAGUGAAAUACGCUGCUCCCUUCUGGAAACAGCAUCCUGAGAGAAGAAAGCUGCUUCACAAGCACGGUCCCCCUGAGGAGGAGUUCCCCGCAUUUCCCAAACUGAAACGGCAGCUCUGCCUUUAUCCCCAGAAGGAUAUGGAAAUCCUCAGAAAGGCUGAAGGAGCCCAGGCAGGACCCAGCGAGGCAGGUGCGGCCCCCUGGGCCCCUGAGGGUCCCAACCCCCACGUCCCCCUGCUUCGGUCCCACUCAGGCUUGAACUGCAUCCUAUGCACACAGACACUGCCAAGGAAGGAAGAACUCCUCCAGCACUGGGAGCAGCAGCACAACUGUGAGAACCCUUCCAAGCUAUGGACCAUCUUACACACACUCUGCCACCAGGGAGUGAUCGGACUCUCCGACAAACCUGGACAAUGAAAUACUGGGGUGGGAAAGGGGGUUAACGAGAGUGUUGCUCACUGGCUUUCUCUUUCUCUCAAAGCUUUGUGUUCCUAGGGUGGUGCUUCAUUAUAAAAGUCAAAGUUAGGAUCAGCAUGAAUGAGCACAAGUGAUUUUGUACAUAGUUUUAUUUUCUUAUGAAAUAAGUAAAUAUAUAUAUAUAUGUAUGUGUGUAUAUAUAUAUAUAUAUAUAUAUAUAUACAUAUAUUUAUAUAUAUAUACACACACACAUGCACACAAACCCUUGAUGUUUAUUUUUCUAACUACAUUCAGUUUUAUCCCAAAAUUCUAUGUACUAACUGUCAAUGUCCUAGACUUUAUUUGAAAAUGAAUAAAAAGAUGAAAAUUUGGAGAUUGAAAUGUAAAAGAUGAGAGAUUUUUUUUUAAACACAGUUUGCGGCAUGUCUGAAUGUAUGCAUCUGUCAUUUGGUUCAGCUGGUUUCUGUUUAAGUAGACCGACAAAUGUGAUACGUUUCCAGGUGGCAAAACCAGUUCAGUCUCAAGUGUAGUAUAGUGUUGAUAUUUAUCAGAUUUGCUGGGGUAGUAGGAGAGGCUAUAGGGCAGUAUAUUUAAUAAGGUUCGCGUCUACUGUAAUUGAA